ACUGUUGCAGUACCGUCAACGACAAAUAGAGUUCGCUUUUGAUACAUGCAGCAUUUUUAGAAAUUUUACCAACAGUUUGCACGCAAUAACGAGAAUUUCCAACAGUUUCUGAGUGAUAUAUUCAUCAUCUUGUUCUUAUAGACAAGAAAAACGUUUAUUCUACUAAUAACAAGUGAUUAUUUUAAGCCCGGAAGGUUUGACAGGUAAAAAAAGACGGCGUCCUUCCCAUACAGCACUGCGACCAAAAUGGCGGCGCUGGUGGACCUGAACGUCGCUCGCAAACAUCUCAGCGAUGCUCUGGGCGAAAAUAUCAAGCAGUACUGGGCCAACAUGAAACUGUGGUACAAACAGAAGAUCAGUAAAGAGGAGUUUGACUUGGAGGCCAGGAGACUGCUGACUCAGGACAAUGUUCACUUCCACAAUGAGUUCCUGUUGGCCAUCCUGGCCAAGUGUCAGGCCAUGCAGACCAGUCCAGCUCAGCAGAAGGCCGGCAAGUUCACCCCGCAGCAGAAGGCCAUUGUCAACAAGGAAGCCGCAGCAAUGGUGGGAACCCUUCCUCCGGGGAAACUCAAGAAAACAAAAGUCAAAAAGAAAAUAAAGACUCCAAAGGGCAAUUUUGAGCAUCGGUUUGUCCCCGCCAGUCCCUUCAUGGACCUCCCAGAGACCACCAUCAAGUCUAACCACCAGGAGAGCGAGCUGGUGGGGUUCUGUGCCAGACAGAUGACCCUGCCUGACCUGGGCAUGCUGACCGGCAGGCUGAUGGUGACCGCCUGGGAGUGUGGGUUAGAACAGACCCAGGACGAGGCCGUACACCUGGUCUUGUUCGCUACAGAGCAUUGCCUGAAGGACAUCCUCAGUGCCAUACUGACCAGAAGAAGAGCGUACAGAACGAGAGACGGCAGCUUUAGAUACGGGAUGGGCUCCACCUCCGCACAGUCAUGCCUCAGGAACGCAGCACGACUUCCCAGCUCGUCAGAAAGUGCAACAACAGUGUCCAUCAGUGGUGGCCACAUCCCCGGGAUGAGGUCCACAUGGGAGGAGGGGGAGCAGGAGGCGGCCAUGUUGGCGGCGUGCCACAGUACGGAGGAACCGCCCUCGUUACCGCCCAUCUCGCUUCAGGACGUGGUGAGGGGACUAGAGGUGAACAGAUCAGCAGUACCAUCCCACUCAGUGUACAUAUUCGCCAUGGAGCGGGCGCUGUCCCGUAUGUGGCACCCCUCGCACGAGGAGCUCGAACAAGACGACAUCCACAAGAGGGAGGAAGAGCACAGAAUAGAACAGCAGCAGAGGUAUCUCAGAAUAUGACUUGUUGUUAAGCAACAACAACUGAUGAACUCAAUUUCAAAACAUUCAUAUCAAAAUUAUCAAAAAUAACACAGAUUUAUCACCUAAAGGACCACAUAAUAAUAAUAAGUGAGUAGCAAUUUUUCCAUAUUUCAUGAAAGAACAAAUUGUACUAAAACAUUGACUUAUUAAUGACAGUUGAGGACUUUUCAAAUUGUAUAGUUGAAAUUAAAAGUUUGUUAUUGUAGAUUGAAUUUGUCCCAACUAUUGUAUAUCUGUACAGUGGAUAUUCCUAAUGCAGUUGUAGAUACAAGGGAUGUUAUUUGACAUCUGCAUUAUCUACAUGAGAUCAUAAUUGAUAUUGCCAUUCUUUAUUAACCAUAAGCAUAUACUAUUGAUAUAAGAAUAGACUUCCAAAUGUUAGUGAUUCACCCUCUUAGAGGUUAGAAUUUGAUACUGUAUAUCAUGUAUUGUAAAUCCUGUUCCAAGAAAAAUAAACUUUUUGUACUUGA